UCAUUCAUUCAUUUACUCAUUUUGAGCAGCAUUGAACUAAUGAUCAUCCAGGCAGAUUGAGUGAAGCUUUGUAAUUUUGCAAAAUGUUUAUAACAAGUCUUUUCAGUGCCUAAAUAUACCUAGAUUCUGAAAUAUCCAUGUUUAGGGAAGUGUGUACAAGAUGGUUUAACUGAAUACUUAAGGAUGGUAAAAGUCAAGUUUUCUUUGCUUGGCAAAACUUGCAAGGAAGCCAUGGAAUGUAGCAGUCGUGAGCCUCUCCAGCAUCGCCACAUUGUGCGCUGCUUUAUGCACAAGUUGGCCCAAGUUGUUGUCCAGUCAAGAUAUGGCACCAAGAAAACUAUAGUAAAUGACAAAACAAAAGAUUGGGAGAUUGUGGAAAGUGACUUGGAGCUACAGCAUGUGGCUGGUGUGGCUGACAGUAAGUUCCACCUGGACUUGCUGGAUAACGUUGAGAUUAGUGAACACUUCAACAACCUCAUCGGAGACUGGUACCUCACACCAGGCCAAACCUUCACCGUGCAGAUUCUGCUGCAGACACAUGACAAUGAGCUGGUGGCCGUGGAGAUGUGGUCUCUGGCUAUGACCCAGAGUUCGUCGUCUGCUCUGUCCCGACACAAUGACACCAUGCAACUCUACGCUAAACUAGCAGCUAUACUUAAAUCUGUGCUGGUGGCAACGAGAAUAGCUCCAGGCUAUCAGCUUUCUUUGCAUCAGUCACCGUCUGACUACAUAAUGGUCUAUACCUUCACUACAACACCACCCAACAUCUGGCACCUUGGAAACAACCUAGGGACGCACUUGUUCCCGCCUGUAGUUUGCUCGGAGGGGCAGUACAAGCUGGAGGUGCGAUACCGCACCGACUACGAGCGCGGCGACCGCUUCAACUGCUCCUUCGUGCACCGAGACCUCUACUACAGCAGUCUUGCCAGCCUCACUGACAACGUCCAAGGUGUCUCUCCGGCCCCGCCCGUCCGCCACUACAGCUCUGAGCGACAGCUGAACUCCUCUGGUCGACAGCUCCCCGGCAGUCGCUUGGGCACUGAUAACAAAUGCUUUAAAGGAGCCUCGAGGCAAUUGUUCUCUCAGCCGCAAGCCUCAGGUUCUCCCAUGGAGCCUUCACGUCGAGUCUCUGUAGCCACUUGUGCAUUGACAUCGCACGAAACUCCUUCACAUGAGGUUGUGUGCAGUAGCUUGCCCACCCGCAUAGGCGCUCUCCCCUCGCCUUGUUCGUCUCCCCUGCCAUCUCGCAAGGAAGCUUCUCCGCCAUCCCCACCUAACCUCCCCAAGUCGCCCCCGACUGCCAUCCCCAGCAGGCCUCAACACACGCCCUUCGUUGGGCUCUCCUCAGUGCCGCCCCCUGAUGCCUUCAUCGUCCCGCCAGUCUCUCUGCCCCCGGGCGAUCUUUUCGCUGGUGUUGCGCACCAGCCUUUGACCUCCAGCUGCCAAGGGUCUGACGAAGACCCUGACAAUGAUGACUACAACACCACUCCCCCCGACGAUCUCUCUGCAUGCGGGUCUUAUGAAGCCAUGGGCACUCGUGACAGCGCGGGCAGUGGUACUCAUGGAAGUGAUCGCAUCCAUGGUGACCCUGACUAUGUGCUUGUGGAUAAUCCAAGUCCCAAGUGCGAAUUGGGCGUGUUCUUGUACGCGUGUAAGAACGCGCCGCGACUUUUUACAAAUUCCAGCACAAAUGACGUGGCGCAGGGCAGCGGUAGCGCCGGCAGUGCUGGCAAGACUGACGGUAGGACUGAUCCAUCAAGUCCUGGCAGUGGGACAGGAUUGUAUUUGACCCCGCAGCGAGGAGGUGGAAGAGUCGUCAAAGGUCACGUCGAUCAGGACGAACUCUUCAGUCAGGGAAAAGUUGCCUCUUUUGGUGCCCAAGUUUUAAUGAAUAUGAACGACUCAGACGCACGCCCUGUUGAAGACCCCAACAAGAGAACCGCACCGGACACUGCGGUGCCUCCGAAUUCGGUCUUGGAUCGCCUCAAGCAGUUCGAGGACAACGUCGACCUCUUCAACUCACUCAUAGAGUCCAUGCACUCGAGCUCAGACCAGGAUACUGCGUAAUUCUCAGCUCAUGUGUUGCACUCACGUGAUACUUUAUUAUAUUCAAGAAAAUGUCAUAGUGUUUUGAGUGCUUUAUUACCUCAGUAGUUUCACUAAGUCGGGAAAGUCCUAACACGAGUCAACUUUUCUUUGGUGACGUGAACUUCUCCUGUGGCCCGGUGUACAGAAAUUUGGGUCAUCUAUAACAAGUGUAAAUCUAAUCACAGUUCCAGAUGAACGCUCAAAAUUUAAUUUAAAAACUAUUCAAUUGUGUUAUAUGUGAUAUAGGUACCAGUGACCAGUCAAUUAUAACUGACAAUUUGAA